AUGAAUUGCGAUCGGCCCCGCAAGCGACGGAAGAUCAGCAUGGAGAACGCUGCGUACGAGUUCCACCAGAUCCAGGACGAGGUCAAGAAGAUCGCCCAGGAGAUUCCGGAGAAGGUUUUGGUUGGCAACAGCUAUCACGCAGCGGACGUGCACCAGUGGACGACGGAGAUCUCGUCGCAGUGUUUGAAGGAGCUCAAGGGGGUGGCGAACGGCUCGGCGGGUUUCAAAUACAUCGCGAACUGCACGAUCCUCCAGAAGCGGAACGCCGGCUUCCACACCAACUCGUCGUGCUUUUGGGACGCUGAGCGCGAUGGUGAGUACCGAAGUGUCGAGUCGAAUGGUCUUCGUCGCUGA